ACGACGGGGCGCGGAGAGCGCACGCCCCGCUCGUGACCGCGCACGUCGCGCCUGUUUUUAAUCGGGGGCGCGGACGUGCGCGCCCCCGCGGAGUCUUUGUGUGGCGGCGUCGAGAGGAGCGCAAACACAAUAACCAUGGCCGACGAGAAACCCAAGGAGGGGGUAAAGACGGAGAACAACGACCACAUCAACCUGAAGGUGGCGGGACAGGACGGGUCAGUGGUCCAGUUUAAAAUCAAGAGACACACACCGCUCAGCAAGCUCAUGAAGGCCUACUGUGAGAGACAGGGACUGACGAUGAGGCAGAUUCGAUUCCGGUUUGACGGACAGCCGAUUAACGAGACAGACACGCCCGCACAGUUGGAAAUGGAGGAUGAAGACACAAUUGACGUUUUCCAGCAACAGACAGGAGGACACAUCUGAAUGGGACGACUCUCGCGACCCCGACCCGUCUCUCUCUCUCUCUCUCUCUCUCUGCUCCUCAUGGUUAUCUGUAACUGCUGUUGUAUAGUGUUUUCAGUUCAUCACGUUUUUCUUUCGUUUUGUACAUAAAGGGUUUCUGCUACAGUAAUUAUUACGUUGGGAUUGUUAAUUGCCGUAAAAUCUGACAUGUUAUGCCCGAGUCUUUGAACGAGCGAUCGCUUGACCAUCAUGGAGACAGUCAUCUGUGUACAGAUCAACUAAUACAUGUUUCCCCUUAAGAAUCAGUGAGGAUGCGAGCUGUGUGGGUUUCGUUCUGGUUCGGAUUUGAGCGCACAGGCUCAAGAAAUGAUACAGAAAUGUUCUGCUCUGUUGUACUUUACGCAGACAAACCUGCAGUUCAGAUUGACUUUCUGUUUUCCAUUCAGAUAAAUUGGUUUUACAACUUUUUAUUGUAGUGGUCAUGUAAAGUGCGAAACUUGUGUGGAACAUGCUUUGCCUCGAGCACGUACGAGGGAAGUCAUGUUUUCAAUACAAGUCCAGCAUCUGUCUGUAUUGUCUAAUCUCUUGUUAAAAUAAAAUAUUCUCUUUUUA